CCUUUUCCAGCUAUAAAUCCGCGGCUCGUCUCUCUUUCUUCCCUUCACAAGACCCCCCGGCGUCUUCUCUUUCUGCCCUCCAUUUCGACUGUACUCCAUCAUUUCCCUCUGUCCUCUGGCUCGGCUACGUACAACAAGCAAAGCAGGCAGCAUGUAUCCAGCUGAGGUCACAAGUGUUCUUCUUCUCCCUGCAGCAUACUUGCCACCUGCAAGCGCAACUUCUUUCGGAUUCGGACACCAGUAUUCGUACCAGAUAGCCGAAGACGAUCAUCUCCUGUUCCAGUGCAGCGGCAGUGGUCUAAUGCAGCUGCCCUACGCCGGCGAGCCGUUUCCCGAUCACCCUCCGGCGGUGCCGCCGCUCCGCAACGGGUCGAGCUCCGACGAGCCAGCGGCCCACGCCGUGGACCGGCAGCACGCGGAGGAGAAAAGGAAGAGGCGGAUGGUGUCCAACAGGGAGUCGGCGCGGCGGUCGCGCGUGCGGAAGCAGAAGCAGCUCGGCCAGCUGUCGGCGCAGGUCGUCCACCUCAGGGACGCCAACCGCGACCUGCUCGACCAGCUCAACCGCGCCAUCGUGGACUGCGACCGCGUCGUGCGCGAUAACUCCCGGCUCAGGGACGAGCGGGCGGAGCUGCAGCGGAGGCUCCGGGAGCUCCCCGUGGUCGAUGCCGCCGGUGUGGAGGGCGUCGCCGUUGAUGACGACAACGAGUCUAGGAUGGUUGCAAUUGCAUCCAGCUAGAGGAAAAGUAACAUUUCUGUCUCCGAAGAUGUAUGA